AUGGAGCUGCAGCGCACGCUGCCGUCGGUGCCACCCGACACCAAGCUGUCCAUGCUGGACGUGCUGCUGCUGGCCACCACCUACAUUGCGCAUCUCACUCGCAGCCUGCAGGACGACGCCGAGACACCGGCGGAGCCCGGGCUGGGGACCCUGCCGAUUUCUACCAACUUUUGCAUGUUUGAAGCAGUCUGA